AUGUUAGACACUUUUGAGAUUCUCACCACCUCAGGCGUGGUGCUGUGGUCCCGAACCUAUGCGCCCAUCAGCCCUGCCAUCGUCAAUCACUUCAUCGCUGACGUCUUCAUCGAGGAGAAAACCGCUUCUGCCGGCGCAAAGGACGACCAGAUCACUUCAAGCAAUCCACCCUACAAAUACGACCAGCAUACUCUCAAGUGGACAUUCGUCAAGGAGUUAGGCAUAAUUUUUGUUGCUGUCUACCGCUCCCUCCUUCAUCUGUCAUGGGUUGACAAACUUGUCGAUAACCUCAAGACAAUCUUUGUGGACCUCUACGGAGACCAACUGAAGAAGCCGAACACCACACUUGUGCACUGCCAUAAGUUUGACGAAUACUUUGACCAACAAUACCAAGAACUUGAGUCCAGAGGUUCCGCCAAUGGCGCGCAGGUCGCAGGCACGUCUUUCUCAUUCGAGGAAGACACAGUAUCCGGAAACAUAGGGGAUGAGCCGCCACUUCCGCCCGGCCUUAAACAACGGACGAAGCCGCAUGUCAAAGAUGUAUCACCUCCCUCCGAAACGACGUCAGUUGCAACCCCUAAUGCCUCCCGGCCCUCGACACCUAGUGGGGGUAGUCAUUUACUAGUCGGUAAAAAUGGGCCCAUGACGCGCAUGUCUCGGAAGGCUAGGAAGAUGCAGAACACCAACUCGGCGCCAGCAUCUUCAGGCGACGAGGCGCCAUCGAGAAAGGGGAAGAAGGCACCUAAAAGGGGUCGGAGAUGGGAUGCUGACGGGUUUGCCGAUGAAGAAGAUGACGUGCAGUUGGAUUACUCUGCUGCCCAGCACACAUUGACGAGCGAUAGUGAGGUUGAGGCGGGUCGUUCGACAGCUAUCGAGGGUGUCGAUUCUACGAGCUGGGGCACAACAACCUCAAAAGGACAAUUUGUGCUGAGAGAUUUAGGCGACGAAGUACACUCGAUUCUGAAGUCAGCUGAGGAAAAGAAUGCUGCGUCGAGCACGGCGCCCAAGGGGGGACUCGUUGGCUCAGGGUUGAGUACAAUAGGCGGACUGUUUCGCAAUGUGGUGGGAGGUAAAACUUUGACGAAAGAAGACCUUGACAAAGCCAUGAAAGGCAUGGAAGAUCACUUACUCAAGAAGAACGUCGCUCGUGAAGCCGCUAUUCGCCUUUGCGAAGGCGUAGAGAAGGAACUCUUAGGUGUAAAGACGGGAAGCUUCGAGAGUAUUAAUGCACGCAUAAGCAAGGCAAUGGAGUCUUCGUUGACCAAGAUGCUAACGCCAACCUCGUCCUUGGAUCUCCUACGUGAGAUUGACGCUGUCACGAGACCUUCGGCGACGUCUAUGCGCAAGCGCAGGCCCUAUGUCAUCUCCAUUGUAGGUGUCAAUGGUGUGGGCAAGUCCACAAACCUGUCGAAGAUCUGUUUCUUCCUGCUGCAAAACAAGUAUAAGGUUCUUAUCGCGGCCGGAGACACAUUCCGAUCGGGUGCUGUCGAGCAACUGAAGGUCCAUGUGCGUAAUCUAAAGGAACUGACAGAACGAGAGGGUGGCAAAGUCGAGAUCUUCGAGAAGGGAUAUGGCGGCGAUGCAGCCACAGUUGCCAAGGAUGCGGUACGAGAGGCCGCAAGUGAAGGUUACGAUGUUGUUCUCAUUGAUACUGCGGGACGUCGGCACAAUGACCAGCGUCUGAUGUCGUCUCUGGAGAAGUUCGCCAAAUUUGCUCAACCGGACAAGAUUCUGAUGGUUGGCGAGGCACUUGUGGGAACAGACUCGGUUGCUCAAGCUAGAAAUUUCAACUCAUCAUUCGGACCCGGACGACAUCUCGAUGGUUUUAUCAUCUCCAAGUGCGACACAGUGGGCGACAUGGUGGGAACGUUGGUUAGUAUUGUACACGCCACCAAUGUCCCGGUCUUGUUUGUAGGCGUCGGGCAGCACUACUCGGACAUCAGAAACUUUUCGGUCAAAUGGGCUGUAGAGAAGUUGUUGAGUAGUAGUUAAGUCGUCGAUAUUAAUUCUCUUUAAUAGGUCGUCUCUAUCCGUUCCCUUGUCUACUCCAGCGUCUGUGAUAUGUCUGAAUUGGCCAUGCGAAUGCUUUGCAGACGCCAUCAAUAUUCUAGGGUUUAAGCUGUGUCCUCAUGUUUGUAAACGCAAGCGUCACUUAGCGCAAGUCUUAGCUAUGUAAAACUGGAACUCGCUGUCCCCCCAAUGUAUUCAUGCUGUUGUUAACUCUUUA